UACGUUCCGAGGACAGAAUGGCCGCUGCGGUAGCCGGAGGUUCUAAUCAAAUCCUGCGGGAGACAAUCAAACGUUCCAUACUGCGCUCAGCUGCCGCGGCGCCCGGCUGCUGGAGCUGCCCGCACGGAGCAAAGCGAUAUCUGCUAACCGAUAAUAUUAUACAAUUGCGAGAAUUUCAAGAGAAGAAGAUAUUAACGGAAUGUCGUCUUUAUUGCAGUAAAGAUUUAUAUUUUAGAAAUAUCAAAGAAAAUUUGAAGAAAAAUAGAAUGAUCCGCAGAGAUGAAUUAAAAGCAUUGCUUCAUUUGUGCCAGACACCAGACGAUGUGGAAAUAGCUAAAAAUGUUAUUUACAGGUACCAUGCAGAAAACAGAAAUGUAACCUUUGGUGAGUUUAAAUUUGGACCCCUUUUUAUGAGGCUGUGUUAUGAGCUGGACCUUGAAGUACCUGCAAUAGAGCUCAUCAAAGAUCAGACUCUGCACAGCUUCUUCUCUGAUGGAACAUCAUUCAAUAUUUUGAUGGAUAUGUUGUUUAAAAAAGGUCGUUAUGAAAGUGCCUUGGAAGUGCUGGGAGAAAUGAAAAAACAACAUGUAAAAUUCAUCAAAACCACCUAUUUACUUGCAUUUGCAAUAUACUACAAACUGAACAGCCCAGAGUCUUGCAAAAUGUGCACAAAGUUACUUGAAGAGGCUCAGUUACAAGGAGAUAGCAUGCCAAGACGAGCAUACUGUUUUGCUGUAGCAUGUGCUCUGAAACAGAAUGAUGUGGUAAAAGCCCAGUCCUUUUAUUCUCUGAUCGGGCACUCACAGAGCAGACUAUGCAGUAAUCUUAAUAUUCUUGUCCUGGCCAAGUCUGGGGCACUAGAAGACCUUAUGCGGACACUGGCGGACGCAUUGGAUAUGGGUGCUUCAAAAUUGGUGAAAAGAGCUGAGUUUUCUGAGCAGGUGGAUAGCUUAAGGUACCAUAACCAACUGGUUACAGUCAGGGAAGAGUUGGAGGAAAACUCUGUUUUUUGUGCCAGAUUAGAAGAUAUUUGUGCCGAGCUGCAAGCAUCAGGACAGGUAACCAAGCUGACUCUGGAUGACAUGCUGUGCCAUGUUUCUUAUGGAAAGAAGCACCAUAUGCAGAUAUUAAAGCAAGCGCAAGUGAGCCGUCGGACUUUCAGACCACUUAAAUCUGUUCUGUUAGCUGAGUAGUUCUAUAUUUGACUGCAAAUUGUACUAACAAUAGCAUCACUUUAAAAAAUGUGUGAAUAAAGCAUCUCUUCUUCCCCUCCCCUGCGGACAGAUGUUUUAAGCAAUUUGUCUGAAACAGUGUUGUGUUUUCUGACUACUAGCUGUGCACGCCCAACCAGGGAUCUGAGAGUCAAGCAGAGUUCUUUCCUUCUUGUGUGGUCUCCCCAGUAAUAAAAGUUAUGAUUCCAAGUUAUGACCUUGGUGAUCUAUGUAUCUCUAUUGCUUUUGCACGUGUCGAAACAAUUGGCCCUAUAAGUGGAAGUUAGUAAAUAAUCCAGUAGACAUACAAGAAAGAAUAGAAUCCAACUCAGUCUCCUCUGUGUUGGCUUUGCAGAAGUAUCAGGAGUAAAAGCUUAGGCUCUGAUCCUGCAAUAAAAUCCACAUUGGCAGCCCCCUGCCCCUAUAUGUAGCCUCCCUGAAGUCAGUGAGGCUUCAUGCGGAAACAGGACUCUGCCCAUGCAGGAUCAACGGUGUAGUCAUUCAAGUAAGCCAGCAUGACUCUGAAAACACGUGGGGAGCAGGUUGUGUAAAACUGGCAUUGUCUUAUUCAACCAAUCACUUCUUGGUGCAGAAUUCCACUCGCGGUUCUGGCACUACAACACAUUUUAUAACUGACACACAUGUUCACUCUAUCAACUUGUCUUUUGUUCACUAAGUCUCCUUCUGCUUUGUCCCCUUAGUAUUGUAAUCAUUAGUUACUACGGAAACAGUAUUCUGGGUAUGGGCUUGGUUUUGUGACCUCCAGAAGUACAGCAUAAAGGAUUUACCUAAUCAUUUGAAGUUCAUACCAUGAUUUGAGAAAUGUAGGAGUCUGUGUGCUGGUUUCAUGACCACAUGCAUGUGGUCAAGAUAAAAUACCACACACACACAUUUGUGUUGGUAUUACAGUUGGUUUUGGAAGACUUGUUCUGAUGCGCAACAUGUUUAACUUUUUGUUAGAUGUGUAAUUCAUUGGCUUACUGAUUCAGGACAACUUUCUUCUUUUCCUCAAUUGGGAAUUUUCUUACUAAUUCUAACUCAAUACGGACACUAAAUAAGCUUAGAAUAUUUUCUUUUGAAAUGAAAAUUCUUACAAUAUUUGUAAAUGUAUUUCAUAAAGACUGUGUUACAAUGCAGUAAUGGCUAAACGUUAAUUGAAGGUAGACUGAAAGGAGCAGAGUAUUGUGUAUGCAGUCAGAAUGAUGCAUUUGACAUUUAGGAGAAAAAUAGCUUGAUGUAAAAUGCACUUUUAUGUAUAAUAAAAAUAGUAUGACUUGUCUUUGUUACAUUA